UUCGGCGCGUUUCAAAAUAACAAGAUGGCGGCAAAGUGCUUUUAAAGUUGCCUUCGUCGACUCUUCGUCGAAAAUGAAAAGAAAGCAGCCGUCUGCGGACAAAGCGAAAGGAAAUCAACAAAUUACAAAAUUUUUCAAGAGUUUGAUACCUCAAGGAUCAAGAAAAAGUUGCAACUCUAUGAACAACUUUUCAAAACAGGAAUCAACAAAGGAAACUGAAUUCAGGACACCAAUUUUAGAGAAACUUCAAAUCGCAAAGAGCAGUUCUGGUUCUGAGGACAGUAGCACAAUGCUGAGCUUAGACAGCAGUGCUCCACAUGUGAAUAAUCAUGCAGCAUUAUCACCAGGGGAGUCCUCCAUGUUUGAAGACAAAAGCCCUAUGGUUAGCUUGAAUAGAAGAUCAGUCAAAAGGGGUCCAACAGCAGAAACCAGUGCCAUGGACUGUGAUGAAACCUUCCACUCAACAUGUGAAGAAGUUGACACCACAUAUUAUUCAUUUGAAGGAAGUCCUACAGAUUCUUGCAACAGUGACUCACACAGUGAAAGUGAAAACCAAAGCGAAUUAAUAGUUUCAACUGAAAUCUCAUUAACCAAGGAAUCAGGCACACAUAACAAUGUUAGUCAGAAGUCAAAAACUGAAGAUUCAAGCACUGGUGAAAGUAUCAGAUGCAAUGACCUUGAAGAGGAACAAGAUUUUGGUGUUGUUUUGAGUGCCGGAAAAUGUACCGAGGACUGUGAUAUCACACCAUCAGCAGGCUCAUUAACAAAGGAAGUUGAGUUGCAGGGUUGUUUAAAGUCAAACACUGAAAAUUUGAAUACAGAUACAUGUAAUAAAAGCGGUUUUGAUGAUCUCUUAAAAACAGGACAUGAUGGUGUUUGUGAUGACUUUCAGGAAGGAGAAUAUGGCAAGGACAGUGACCAGGUCAACAAGCCAUUAGAUGAUCCACAAUUCAAUGAAACUGCAAAUGAUUGUGACUUGUCAGAUGAGUCUGGUUCUUGUGAUGCUAAGGAUGGAGAGCAAGAGAGCAGUUGUGACGAUCUCAAAGAAGAAGACAGUGGUGAAGAAAGUGACCAGAUCAGCAAGCCAUUUAAUGAUGCACACUUUCAGGAGGACUUAAAUGAUGGGGCUUUCCCCGAUGGUUCAGAUUCUUCAGAUGAGGACCUUUUAACACCGCCAAGAUUUCUCUCCGAAAAGGCAAAAAUGAAACCAGAUAUCCGUACUCCAGAAAAGGGAAUAGCACCGGCCUAUGCAACCCCAUCCCCUGUUAUUGGGAAUGUUACUGCCAAAGAAGAGAAGAGCAUCAAAUAUAAACUUUCCUUUGACAAGUUAAUUGCUGAAAAGGCCAAGCACAGGGAAAGAGAUGCUGAGCUUGCUGAAAUGGAAGCAGAAUUACAGAGAGGGAUAGAAAAUGGAGGCAUUGUUCAAAUGCAAGUACCAAGCACCUUCAGUGAUAUUGAAUCAGAGGAAGAACUAACAGAUGAUGGGCGUGACCUGAGAGACUGCACCUUGCCGCAGGAUAUCAAAAGGUUCCUUGGAGAGGUGCCUGACUUUUCUGAAGAACUACCAGGGGAGGACAUUUUCCCAAUGUUUCAUCCCUAUGUUACGUCACAGGAUUUUCCUUGUCUGUCAAUGGUUCCUCAACCAGAAGGUGACACUUUUGAGGCCAAGCUGAUGUUGGCAUCAGAUAGUAACCUUCAGGAGUUGCUCUGUGGGGGUUGGAUACUGCAGCACUACUUGGACAAGCCUUGCCCUCCAGAGGUUGCCGAAUGGCUGUUUCAGAUCAUGUGCCAUCAUAGAGAUCAGCAUAUUAUAAGUUCAUCUUUUCAAGUCCUUUGGGUUAUGCUUGAGGCAGCUGCAGAGAACAGAGAGGAUAUUCCGCAACACUCCAGAGGAACAUCAUGGGUUCCUAGUAUCAAAAAACUCCUAAAAGAGUUGCUGUCAUGUGGUGCCACGGUACCCAGACUUUAUCCUGGAGAUGUGGUGGAUCAAUUAAAUGUAAAGGACAUUUUGUCAAGUGAGAAUUCCUCAGAAGAAAUCAAGAUGGAAGAAGAAACAGUCAAUGGUGGAACCCAGUCUGAAUGUUUCCCUGUUGUAAAUAUAAUGCACCUUGUACAGUUUCUUACUCACUGCCUUCAGAAGUGUCCUCUAUCAUACACAGUUCAGGACUUAAGGAACCUCAUGGUGCUGAUGUGUCGGAUAGCAUUGGACUUAAGACUUCAAAGUAUUGUGUUUGAUAUUGAGAUGUGCAUUGCAGCAUUGCUGAACUGUUUUGGAGCGACACAGUGGCCUGAUGAGGUAAAAGAGCUGUGUAGUAUUGUGGCAAAACUGAGCACACAGCACCGGAAUCUUCUGUAUCUUGUUCAAAUUCAGCCACCUUCAACCUAUGGCAUUGAACUUCAACGUCGUCUUAGUCUGACACUUGUUCAUUGGUUAGUACUUAAGUUUGGGAAAGAAGAACAGACUGGAAAGAGAUUUGUAGAUGAGAGAUGCAAUGUCACAGUUCCAGAUACCAUGGAGGUUUCAAAGUUGGUAGAACUUGUAACAAUGAUCAGACCAGGAGAGGAGUCAGACUAUUUUCUGUUGCACACAAUAAUCUCAUUUGUGGGCCUUGCAGUUGGAAGUGAAGACCUGCCAUCUAGAGAAAGGGCACCUCUUGAAAUGCUGACCAAUAAGCUGAGAACAUUGAAUGGAGAAAUCAAGGACCCAAGGGCUGCUUUCAUGAACAGAACAAAGGUCAAAGACCUCUUGGUAAGGACAAUACUCAGGCUGGAUUACAUGAUUCGCUGUAUCAAGCCAUCUAGAGAGCAUCACAUAACCAGUUACUUUGAGCAUUCCAGCUCUGACUAUCAGGUGGAGCUGCUGAAGGAAAAUGUGGAAGAGGGCUUAGAAGAAGAAUUUCCUGGUAAUGAAGAGGAGGAAACCAUGGCAGGAACACAAGAAAUGGAUUGCAGCACUGUAAGAUGAAAGCUGCAAUGAAAACACCGACAACUGUAGGGCAUGCUUGAUCAUCAACGCUGAAUUUUUGUUGGUGCAAUGCCCUCACAGGGCCUCACUCUAAGCACAGGACAAAAGCUCUUAUUUUUCACAUAAUCUCAUCACUGGGAAUCACCAAACCAUAGCUUGCUCAAGCAAAUUGUAAGCACAUAGAGAAUAAAUUUUUUUGUAGCUGUCGUUUAUGCUUACUUGUAUGUGGUCUGUAUGCCACACAUGUCUAAAAAUGUAAAAAGAAUGGGUGUUGGACUCUUAGGUGUUUUGUUGAGAAGUGUAACAGAUUGGCUUUUCUCUCUCUCUCAUUUGCACCUCUUUAAACCUUUCUCUCAUACAGCUUGAUAAAAAAUUAAUGAUAGUUGACCCCAGCAGGUUGUGAUGAAAAUAUAGAGUAAAGGAUAUAAUUCAAUAAAUUUAUUUUUAUUAUAGAUUAUUUUUAUUAUUUCUUAUAUCUCAGAGACGUUUAUUCUGCCAAUAAUUGAGUUAUUUUGAAUUACUGUCGACAUUGGCAAUCAACAAGCAUGUUCACAUGGUAUAACAGAUUUGUGAACAUUUUGAUCAGCAGGAUUUUGAUCUAUUGUUUACGGCCAAUAGAAUAUUUGGGAUGGGUAGCUAGAGGUCCAAACUUUUGUUUGUAACGUUCAAAUCUCUAAAAUUAAUCAUUAGCUGUAAUAAUUGCUGUAUAUUUCUAAAACCCAAUGAUCAGUAAAAAAAAAAAAA